AGUAUCGCGGAGGCUGCGGCUCAUCCUGCCGCAUGGUCUGCGCUGCGGUCUCGUUACGUCAAAACAUUACUUGUUUUAAAACGUCUUUCACAUUUCCUGAUAAAUCAAUAAUGAAAGUAAAAUAAAUAGCUACCAUCAUCUAGCAAUACAACUAAUUAUUUGUUUUGUUGAGGCGGCUUGAACAAAACUUGGCUGUUGAGGUCAGCUCGACCGGAUACUUUUCGUCAGACCUAGAUUGAAGCGGAGCCAAAAGCGAUCUCAAGCUAAAAUUCAUUUUAGGCUUUGAAAAAAUUAUGUGGUCGGAAUCGUGGUAUCGCAAGAUGAACGGCGAAACGAGGACAUCUUGGCGCUCGUUCAUGUCGUUAGCGUUAAUCCUGUUAGCGCUAGUUAGCUCAUGCCUCGGAGAAUAUACUUUAUCUUCUAAGAAUGGUAUUAAAACUGAAUCUAGUUUAGAAGCUCUGUUAAAGAUAGGUUCCACAAAUACGAGCGUAGAAAGCGCUACAGUAAUGUCACCAACCAUUACUUCAACAACAAAGAAAAACACAAAAACAAAAGCGCGUUUCACAACUGAGAAUCCGACGAAUGCACCCCAUUUCACUUCUAAAGUGUACAUUGGUACAAAAGGCGAAGUGAAAAGUGCAAGAAGGCAAAAGUUAAACACUAGUUCUAGUGCUCUCGGCACCCCAGCGCAUUCACCGGCAAGACUACAAGAGCGUCUGGGGGCUAUAGAUUGUGAUUUGCCAGUUUUACCGAGAGAGUCACGUCUUUGGCGAGGAAAUGAAACUCACGAACUUAAUCUUCCCGUAAGGAUGGCUGAGGAGUGUACCGCGGGAGGCGGAGGUGCGGCCGAUGAGGAGUGCCCCCCGGUCAUCGUUUCGUGGGAGGGUUCUGCUGAUAUUCAGAGCGGUGAUAUUCUUAUCGUUCGCAUUGUGGACUCUUUGCUCCUCGAUGCCCUCGUACAGAAUCAACUCAAGAAUGAUACUCUUGGAACGAAUACCUCACUCGCUGACGGAGAAAGGGUACAUCGCGCCCUUACGCAGCCGGCCGUAUAUCAGGUGACUAGACAAGGACACGAGCAUUGUGAUGUGUCGGACGGCAUGUUAUUGGACAUCACUCCUCUCGCUGAAGACGGAGCCAAACUCUUCACGUUGUAUGAUAAAGAUCUCACAGAAGGAGUGAACUUACUCAUAGUGGUGUCAGAUAACUGGGGCUCUCAAUGCGUGCGUUUAAAAGUAACAGUGAAGUCAGACAAUUGUGGCGAAACUCAGGAUUGUUCAGGAAAAGGCGUGUGCUAUACGAACGUGUCCAUGGAGGGAUACGAAUGUCAGUGCUGCUCUGGGUUCGUGGGUCCACAUUGCGAGGACAGGGACUCGUGCAAUCCAUCACCCUGUCUGAAUAGCGGCAUAUGCGUCGACGUCACGCAACCUCCAACAGGGAACGGCUCCAACUAUCGCUGUCUUUGUCCUUACGGGUUCUCAGGGAAAAGGUGCGAAAACGAUCCCUGUUACUCUGCACCGUGCUUAAAUGGUGGGUCCUGUAUGAGUAUGGCUGUAAAUGGCACGACUUCAUUUCACUGUGCAUGCCCAGACGGCUGGACUGGAGCACGAUGUGAGUUUUCCAUGAUCGGUGGAGCAUGUACCUCCAACCCGUGCGUGAAAGGUAUCUGCAUUGAACAAAUCGAUGGCGAUGUGGAAGAGCCAGAUUAUAAGUGCUUCUGUCAGCCCGGUUACACGGGAGAGCAGUGUGAGCUUGAGUAUAAUGAAUGUGAGUCGUCGCCGUGUGGGAACGGCGGUACUUGUACCGACAGAGUUGGGGGCUUUGAGUGCACUUGCGGGCGUGGAUACACAGGGAACACGUGCCAGCUUAAGGUCGAUCUGUGUUCGCCGAAUCCUUGUUCGGAAAGCCGUUACUGCGUGGACCGUGGCAACACGUAUACUUGCGAGUGUCCUCAUGGCUACAUAGGCGAGGAGUGCGACAUCCUCGCCGGCUCCGUCACUGCUCCGGACGGCUAUCCGAGGCGAAACCCCUGCGAUAAUUUCCCAUGCGCCCACGGCGGCACUUGUUGGAGUGCGGCCGGUUCAUUUUAUUGUUCGUGUCGACCUGGAUAUACUGGAAAACUAUGCGAAGAAGAUUUCAUCCUCGAAUCAGUAAUUCGUGGCGAGACGGUCGACUCGGAGCAGCGAGGCGGGGGUUUCGUUCGUGAAGUUAGGAUGCCUCUCGGCCUAUAUCACGAUCGUCUGCACAAUGUGUACAUAGCGGCCGGCACGCUGGGAGCGGCUAUAGCUAUUGUUGGUGUUGUUGUAACUGCUUGUCAUUGCCGUGUGAACAAGACUUACUCUCGUCUGUUGUCUCGUCUGUCCCGGGUCACGGAGCCGGGGCCUCCGCAUCACUGGCUGCAAGACAAGCGCACCCCCCUCGCUCCCGCUUCAUACCCUCCUCCCUCCGCAGGUCUGGACUCGACUGACAUGUACUACACGUUGGAUUUCAGUGACAGCCAGAGCUCACCUCUCAUUCAAUAGCAAUCGUUCUGGAACUGCUCCGAUGGGGAACGGUUCAAAAUACAGUUUUGAAUGGCUCUGCCUCUGUUGUAGACAUGCUUAUGAUGGGCUCCGAUCAAUCACGCAUUGUUCGAUCCAGUUUUGAAUUUAAUCUUAAUUCACUGAUAUCUGUAGCAUUUUAACCGACUUCAAAAAAAGGAGGAAGUUCUCAAUUCGACUGUAUGUUUUAUUUUUUUCCUUUUUGAAAUAGGUUUUUGUUAAAUCAUGUCUAUUUACAAUUAUGUUUCAAACGUAAAGUUCUUAAUUUUUAUUCAAAUAAAGGAUUAAAUAAAUAAAAAAGCAAUCCUUUUUAAAUUUGCCUUUAAUGAAUAGGAUUUAACAACAUAAAUAUUCUGAGAAGUUUUUCUUAAAUUUUACUAUGAUAAAUUGAAAAGAAACAUCAUGCCAUAAUUAGUUUUAUUGUUUUAAAUUAAAUAUCAAGCAUAGACUAUAGCAGAUUGUCACGAUGAAAAAAAUGCAAAUUAUCUUUUGUUUUGUUCUAAAUUUUAAUGUUGCGUGGGAGCUGUAGGAAGUUUGAUAAAUAAUGUUGGGUCAUUAUAAACGACCUCGCGAAAUAUACGCACUACUAGGCACUUUGUUGUUUGUUCUUAGAAAAUUUAAUUGCGGUGUGUCGUAAUGUAAUUUAAAUAAUUUGUAAAUAGCUGAGGUAUGUUUUUUUUGUUUUUCGCACUAGGCACGAACGUGAUCACGGUUUACCGAGUAUUAAGCGAUUGCCGGAAACGUAGAAAUCACUUAAGAACAUGAUAUCUAAAAGUUAUUUGUACAUGUCAUGAUUAGAUUUAUGUUUAACGCGAUGGAUGACUUAAUUUUAAAGUAAUACCAUCAGGGACUAUAGAUUACUAUUAAGUUAUUAGAAAGCACUCCAGAGAACUAAGUGCUCUCCUGGCUGAGCCGUUGCUCGCCCACCUGUCCUGGUGAAAUUGGAAAGAUCUCAAUCAAAUCUUUCAAUCAUAAAAAAAAGAAUGAAGUCACAUUAACUUAUUUACGUAUACAUUUUUAAGCCCAGCAAUGUAAUUUAUUGUCAGAAAUAUAGCGUAAUAAUCUUAUCGAUAAUUAUAAGGUGGGUUAUGACUCCGUGCGGGUAGGCUCUAGCAUCCUGCUUAUUUCUGUCGCGAAGAAUACAUUUUUAAAUUGAUAUAAUGAAAACAAGAUGAAAACAGCACAAAAAAUGACUUUCUUUUAAUAUUUAUUACGUUUUCUGAGUCUGCUAGAUGUAGUAAAGUUUUAGAAAGUGUAUGUGCAAAAUAUUUUUUAUUAUCAUGUUUUUAUCCAUUUAUAAUAUGAAAAUAUUACGUACACAUGAAAACGACAAACAGCUAUUGGCGGUAAUUUUUUAAAUGUAAAAGUCAUCGUCGGCGUGAUCAAAAACACUUACGAUUUAAUGUGUUCUUGUGUGGCCGUCUACCACGUGAUCUUGAUUCUCUGUUUACACAAAUUGUAAAGAAUUUACAGAUAUUAUAAAUUGGAUCAAAUAAACAUGUCAUUAAAUUGUAAAUACUUUUAAUCAUAUACUUCGAUAUAAAAUAAAUUUAUUCAAUUUUUUUCUGUAUUCUAUUAGGUAUAUGGCAGAAGAAAACGUAUUUUAAUCGCCUUCAGUAUCCAUCUUGUUGUUGUUGUUGUUAUACUGCUUGAAAUGAUGUUAGUAUAGUUUUAUGUAACUAGCACAAAAAAUUAAGGUGCGGCUUAUGUUAUCUUAGGAUUUGACUGAUCUUGAUGGUAGAAGAUUUCUGUAAAUCUCUAGAAAUUCUAGUUCGCUUCCGUGUAUGUGUGUGUUAGUAAAACUAGUAUUUUCGUCAAUAUUGCCAUCAUGUUAAUAUUUUCAUACUUUUUCUUAGUAGUUGUAAUUAAAAUUAAAAGGUGUGGUAUAAUUAAAACACCUCAAAAACUUAAUCUAGAUAUUUAGAAAGGUGAUCCGUAUGUUCUAUGUUUACUUUGACACACGCUAUAAAAUUAUACCUAAUAUUAGUACUUAUUAAUGGGUUUUUUUUUUUAUUAAAACUGAAUUUUCGCCAAA